AUGCAGUCGGAGCCUUUCUUCGCCGCCGGCAACGAGUGGCGGGCGCCCUUCCGCAGCACAGCGCGCGUGGUUCGUGAACACGCCCGUGCCUCGGCACUGGAAUUAAAGUAUUGUUACGAGGAUGCCAUAGACGAGGCAGGCCAGUCAACCCGGCGCGCCGGCCGGGGGGUGUCCAACGGAGACCCCAUAUUCUCCCGGACACAGGUAAGUGAAGAUGGGUGGGUGACUGGUGACCCUUUGGCGAGCGAUAGCGGGCGACGAGAGACGGGCUGUGUGUCGCGGCUCGGUGUCACGACGUGGCGGACAAUGAUCCUCGGCAACCUCUGCAAGCACUUCAUCCCGGCCAACGUGUCCGCCAUCUUGUUCCUCACCAACCACGAGACGUACGGCCGGGAGACGGCGUCGGCGCAGUACUUCCUGCAGCUGGCCGGCUACCUGGGCAUCCCGGUCGUCGCGUGGAACGCCGACAACUCCGGCUUCGAGAGGAGGGCGUCGCAGUCGAGCCUGCAGCUGCAGCUGGCGCCCUCCUUGGAGCACCAGACGGCCGCCAUGCUCAGCAUCUUGGAGCGCUACAAGUGGCACCAGUUCUCCGUCGUCACCAGCCAGAUCGCCGGCCACGACGACUUCAUCCAGGCGGUGCGCGAGCGGCUACUGCGGGUCCAGGCGCGCUUCAGGAUGACCGUCAUCAACAGCGUGGUGGCGGGCAACGCGAGCGACCUGUCCGUGCUGGUCGGCUCCGAGGCCAGGGUCAUCCUGCUCUACUCGACGAGGGACGAGGCCCGGACCAUCCUGCGCGAGGCCAACAGGCUUAACAUCACAGGGAUGAACUACCUGUGGGUGGUGACGCAGAGCGUCAUCGGCAGUCCCUUGGAGGCCCCUCACGAGUUCCCGGUCGGCAUGUUGGGCGUGCACUUCCGCACGGACGACGACCAGCUGACGAGGCAGCUGGCGCGCGCAGUGCGUGUGCUGGCAGAGGGGCUGGAGCUGCUGGCGGCCGACCCUGGCUCGCAGCUGGCGCUGGGCCCGCGGCUGUCGUGCGACGGGCGCGGCGAGGCGCGCUGGCGCCAGGGCGAGCUCUUCUUCAGGUACCUGCGGAACGUGUCCGUGGAGGCAGAGGAGGCGGAGCAGGGCAGGCCCGCCCUGGAGUUCAGUCCGGACGGGCGACUCAGGGCCACAGAGGUGUACGUCGUCAACCUGCGGCCGCAGCCCAGAGGGGGACACGCCGUCUGGGAGCAGAUAGGCGUGUGGAAGUCCUGGGAGAAGGAGGGCCUGGACAUCAAGGACAUCGUGUGGCCGGGCAACAGCCACACGCCCCCUCAGGGGGUGCCGGAGAAGUUCCACCUCAAGAUCACGUUCCUGGAGGAGCCGCCCUACGUGAACCUGGGACCGCCCGACCCCGUCACGGGCAAGUGCAACGUCAACAAGGGCGUGUUCUGCCGCGUGGCCAAGGAGGCUGACGUCAUGGGGAUGGACGUGGAGACGGCGCGCAAGAACAGCUCGCUGUUCCAGUGCUGCUCCGGCUUCUGCAUCGACCUGCUGGAGAAGUUCUCCAGGGACCUGGGCUUCACGUACGAGCUGUUCCGAGUCGAGGACGGCAAGUGGGGGGCGCAGACGAACGGCAAGUGGAACGGGCUGGUGGCGGCCCUGGUGAGCCACCACGCCGACAUGGUGAUGACCUCGCUCAAGAUCAACUACGAGCGCUCGCAGGCCAUCGACUUCUCGCUGCCCUUCCUGGACACGGGCAUCGCCAUCGUGGUGGCCAAGCGGACUGGCAUCAUCUCGCCCACCGCCUUCCUGGAGCCAUUUGACUCCGCCAUGUGGAUGCUGGUGGGCCUGGGCGCGAUACACGUGGCAGCUCUCACCAUCUUCCUGUUCGAGUGGCUCAGCCCGUACGGGUACGACGCCAAGAUGACGGCGCCGCGGGACCACCGCUUCUCGCUGUGCCGCACGCUCUGGCUGGUGUGGGCGGUGCUGUUCCAAGCGGCCGUGAACGUGGACUGCCCGCGCGGCUACACGGCGCGCUGCAUGGCCAACGUGUGGGCCAUGUUCGCGCUCAUCUUCCUGGCCAUCUACACGGCCAACCUGGCCGCCUUCAUGAUCACCCGCGAGGAGUUCCACGACCUCACCGGCAUCAACGACACCAAGCUCAGCAACCCGCACAGCCUGAAGCCGCCGUUCCGCUUCGGCACGAUCCCGCACGGCAACACGGACGCCGUGCUGCGCCGCAACUUCCCCGCCAUGCACGCCUACAUGCGGCGCUACAACCGCUCCACCGUCAUGACGGGCGUGGGCGCCGUCAAGGACGGGGAGCUGGACGCCUUCAUCUACGACGCGACGGUGCUGGAGUACCUGGUCGGCCAGGACUCGGAGUGCGUGCUGCUCACGGUCGGCUCGUGGUUCGCCAUGACGGGCUACGGCAUCGGCUUCCCCCGCCACUCCAAGUACCGGCCAAUCAUCAACAACCGCCUCAUGGAGUACAGGGAGAUAGGUGACCUGGAGCGGCUGCAGAGGUUCUGGUUCACGGGCGCGUGCAACAAGCGCCUCAGCAAGGAGAAGCAGAGCCGCAGCGAGCCCUUGGCCCUGGAGCAGUUCUUCUCCACGUUCCUGCUGCUGGGCUCGGGCAUCCUGCUGGCAGGCGUGCUGCUGCUGCUGGAGGCCGCCUACUGCAAGUACGUGCGGGGCAGCGCGCGGCGGGACGAGACCCGCGCCCGCAGGAUGGUGCGCGGCUGCUGCAGCCUCGUCAGCCGGGUGAGCCUCGCCCCUUGCUGCCCCCUCCACCGCCCCACUCCCUCCCCCUUUCCCCGGGACCAGGGAGAGAUGGUGCGCGGCUGCUGCAGCCUCGUCAGCCGGGUGAGCCUCGCCCCCUACUGCCCCCUCCACCGCCCCACUCCCUCCCCCUUUCCCCGGGACCAGGGAGACUGGGAGGAGGGGGGAGUCCCGCGCCCGCAGGAUGGUGCGCGGCUGCUGCAGCCUCGUCAGCCGGGAUGGUGCGCGGCUGCUGCAGCCUCGUCAGCCGGGAUGGUGCGCGGCUGCUGCAGCCUCGUCAGCCGGGUGAGCCUCGCCCCCUACUGCCCCCUCCACCACCGUUCCCUCCCGGACUCGCCUGCGCGCAGCCGAAGGGAGCGGUUGUGCCGAGGAGCAGCCCAGCCGGAUUAG